GCGGGGGGGGGCGGUGCCGUGCGCGCGCUGCUGGUGACGGCGCACCCCGAUGACGAAGCCAUGUUUUUCGCCCCCACCGUGCUGCGCUUGGGCAGCGCCGGCGCCCGUCCCGCGGUGCUGUGCUGCUCCGCAGGAAAUUAUUACAGUCAAGGAGAAAUUCGUAAGAAAGAACUGGAACAGAGCUGUUCUCUUCUGGGGAUUCCUGCUUCCGAUGUAACAGUCAUUGAUCACAGGGAUCUUCCAGAUAAUCCUGCUGUUGAAUGGGACACACAGCUCCUCGCUGCCUUUGUGCUAAAGCACAUAGAAGCCAAUCACAUCAACCUGGUGGUAACCUUUGAUGCAGGAGGAGUGAGUGGCCAUGUUAACCACAUCUCUCUUUACACGGCUUUAAGGUCCCUGCACUCCCAGCGGAAGUUACCUGAAGGGUGCCGUGUGCUCGUGCUUGAAUCAGUAAAUCUCUUCCGGAAGUACAUCUCCAUCCUGGAUGUACCAAUCUCCUGUCUCCUGCCUGGAGACACACUCUUCAUACUGACAGAGGAGGAGACUGAACAAGCCAAGAGAGCCAUGCGGUGUCAUCGCAGCCAGCUCCUCUGGUUUCGCCACAUCUAUAUGCUUUUCUCACGUUACAUGGUGAUCAAUUCACUCCGCCUUCUCUAGAAAAGACAUUGCUCACAACCUCAGGAGUAAAAGAACGAGCCAAAAAGACUGUGCCAGACUGAGGACUAAGGAAAACUCACCUGUUAGGUGCUGAAGAGGACAGGAUUCUCUUUGUGUGGCAUUAAGACUACAAAAAACAGGCUGUAUGAACUUCCUUCUGAAUAUCUUGUUGCCUGGUACAUUGAGAAGAACAGGGGUUUGCAGCCAUUCUAUUUUCUCACUGUAGAAGCUUAAAUAGGAUAAUAAAUUUGGAUUUACCUAACAAACAGGCAAAUGCAGGAGUAUUCUGCAUUAGAGAAGAUAGGCACAAACUUUUUCCUCAAGAGGAUGUAGGUGCAAGGACUGCUUCUGUAAAAUCCAGAUAUCAGGAGUAACUUUUCAAAGAUCAUUCUAUCUCCGCAUAGAAAAUCAGAACCACAAGAUGUGUUUUAUUCAGUCAGAACUUUUAAAAGCCAAAGCUUAUGAAUAAAACACCAGAAAUCAUAAAAAUUUCUGUAAUUGCACUGAUGCUUGCUGCUCCUGCUGCUUCUUUCAUACACAUUGUGUUACAGGCUCCACCUUCGCAGAGUGUCCCUCAUGGAACAAGCAUUUCUUCUUGCUUCAGAACAUAAGGCUCGAGGCCAACUCACAAGAGUCAACAGUACAUAAGAAUAAGGUGUGAGAGACCCAGACUGUAACUAGGUCUUUUACAGAACAUGUGUGGAGACAGAAGGUGCAAGAGAUGUUUAAAAAGCUGUUCCUCUUAUGUAAAAGACAAGUGCAGGAGUUAAUGAUCGUCUCUCUUUAUGUUAAAGGUAUUUUGCUAUCCUGCUGAAAAACCUCACCCCAGAAGCCACAUGUUAAAUGGGCUCAGCCGCGGCAGAGAGAGCGUGAACAAAGAGAGCUCCUUCACUGCAGUGCAGCUUGGAUCGGAUCCAAAAGACUCAUAGGCAGGAGGCAGACUGAAAAGAUGCAGACAAAGUCUGCAUUCGAUGUCAGCAUGUUGCUGCCUGCGCUUGCUUUGGCUAACGUCAUGUCCUUGAAGAAUGAAUUUUUCAGGAGCCAUUAUCAACAAGUUCACAGAAGGAAGUUGCUUCAUAACCUGAUCAACGCUUCCUGGUCUGGAGGCAAGUAAACAGCCACUUGAAUUUCAAAUGUCAGCAUUUCAUCACAGCGGCUGUUUUGCAACCUCACAUUAAAGAACUGUGUUGUCAGCGGGGUGAAGCGGCUCCAAGGGCUGCUCAGGACAAGGGGCCGCAGGACCAGGGGCACGCUUAGCCCACGGCAAGCAUGACACCCAGGCACCAACGCUCGCCACAUUCCUAACCAACACCUUUUUUGGCUUUGUUAGCUCAGUUCUGCUCUUCCCAGCUUUUCCUCACAGCCAUACGAUAGAACCAGCCCUACAGACUGUCCCAGGCUCUGCCCUAAGUGCCCCAGGGUAGGGGGCGCUUGAUGUGCUGCUGGCUCUGCGCCUCAGCAAGGGCAACCCACCUUUCUCUGGGGUGCUCAUCCCCCACACUGGGCUGGGCUCUUCCAUAAGCACUGCUCGGGGAUGAAACAGGGGCUAAACAAACUGAAGUAGAACCAGAGCCAUCGCUAUCCCCAUCCCUGUACCCAUUUCCAUCCUCAUCCCCAACCCUAACUUUUUCCCUCUUCCUCAAGCCUCUUUCCGUCCCCAUUCCCAUCCUUGUCCUAUUCCCCAUCUCCAUCUCCAUCCCCAUCCCCAUCCUCCUCCUUCUCCUCUCCC